AGUUUAACAUGUAAAACGGCAAUCAGCGAUGUAGAUACUCAUUGUGCGAACACAGAUAUAGGCACUUUAGCGUUAAUUGUGAAACUUUUAGAAAGUAAACUUUUAGAUUUAUUGAUUUGACUAUAACCGAAAUAAAAGUUAUGUUUUAAAAUCAUGAACCACACAGCAAAUAUAUUACCCCCAAAUCCAGAAGCCUUGAGAACAAUAGGAUGGAUUGCAGCGAAGAUAGCUUACUACAAUUUUGAUUGGCGGUAUAUCACACUUGUGAUGUUUCACACAAUUCAAUAUGUGGUUGCGUUGGAUUCAUUUUUGAGUAAUUAUAAACAAUCUGUGAUAUUGAAACGUGGAAAAUUUAUUCCUCAACAUCGAAACGUCGUACCGCAAUAUGUACUAUUUGGAAAAGAUACUGAUUCGUUAAUUGAUACAAUUAACUGGUUGGACAAAUCCAAAUAUGAUAACUCUGGGAAAUACAUCAUUAUUUGUACAUCGCCUUAUAAUAGAGAUUGUCAAGAGUCACUGAUUUUUGUAACUCUAUCUAAAGUAUUGAUUAUUAAUGCGAUAUAUUUAAGAGCAAAGAGUUUAAAUGAAUUAAUGGCAUUUUCGUAUAAGAUCGUACUACCAGAUAAAUGUAUAAAUAGUGAACCGUUUGCAUUAAAUAUUACCGAAUGUUCGUCUGAUGAUUGUUUCAAAAAUUUGUAUCCAGAGAAAUUGAAAAAUUUCUUUAAGUGUCCAUUGAUCAUAUCUACUUUCGAGCAGCCACCGUUUAUGUAUUUAAAUAAUAUCACUAUGGAACCUUCUGGUGGAGACGGUGAUAUUGUGAAACUGGUAGCCAAUGUGUUAAAUGCAACGUUAGAAAUAAAGACACCUAUUGAAGGUAAUGAUGCUGGUUUGUUUAGAUAUAAUAAUUGGACUGGUUCUUUGGGUGAUGUUUACAAUGACCGAGUCCACGUAUCAGUGUGUUCCUUACCCGUUACAGCGAAUAAGUACGGUAAUUUCCAAAUAUCUUUCAUAUAUAACUAUAUGGAUAUAGUUUGGACUGCACAGUUACCACCAUUCAAACCGUCAUGGCAGAAACUUUUGAGCCCAUAUCAGACGGACCUGAGAAUAGCAUUGUUCUUCAUGUUUGUUGGAAUUGUAUGUGUGAACGCAUUCACAAAUUCUAGUAUGUGGAGAAAUAUUAGAAGAGUCGUUAAAAUGCGUCCUAUACGGUCAAGUUUAUUGUUUUAUUCGUGGGCAUUAUUUUUAGCCAUGCCUAUAAUGAAGAUGCCAAGAAGACGUCCUCUUUUACUAGUCGUGUACACCUGGAUAUGGUUUUGCUUUGUAGUGAAAAAUGCGUAUCAAUCAGUGCUCAUAAGAUCUCUGAAAAAUGACAUUUACGAGGACUUUUUCUCUGACUUUGAGAGCGUUGUAAAAAAUAAACUACCUUACGGAGGCCUUGCUACUUUGAGGGAAUAUUAUAUUGAUGAACCGCUUAUUUACAAAAAUUGGAUAGCAUUAGAUUAUGACGACGCUAAAGACACUCUGGAUAGAAUUUCCAAUGAAAGCACCGAUUUUGUUUUAGCGAUGAACAGGGAAAUCAUUAUUGAGCAUUUAAUCGUACAUAACACCAGACGUUUGCAACUUUUGCCUGAAAAAAUUGUCAAUAGUCCAACUGUGAUGUAUUUUAAGAAGCAUUCGGUUCUAACUCAACCAGUCAGUCACGUUUUGAGCAUUUGUGUAGAAGCUGGGCUAACUCAAAGAACUUACAGAAAUUAUAUAAGCCACAAGAAACAGCUGUUUUCUCAAAGAUUAGUCAAAGGGCAACGUAAGCCCCUCACUUUUGAUAAUUUUAGAGCUUGCAUGAUAUUGAUAGUUUUUGGGUGGUGUUUGUCGACCAUUUUUUUCGCAGCUGAAGCUUAUUGUGGACGUAUCGAAGCUGAGAGUUAAAAAAAGCUUUAGAAGGUAAUACAUACAACUUAUUUUAACAAUUUGAGUGCGUAUUUUAGCUAGGCUUUAUGUUUUUUUUUCUAUAAAGUUCUUUUUAGCUUGAAGUUCCACUCAAAUUGAAGUAAAUUUAUUUAAAUUAAGUACUUAUUACUAUAUUUUGAAUUUUUAUUUUAGUGUGCGAUUGUCAUGAGUGUAAUAAAUUUUUGUAACAAAGUAA